GACCUUUGUUCGGGCCGCCCAAAAGACGCUAGCCGUCGCACCUGUACCUCUCCGCGCGAGAUAGAGGAUUCAUCUCCUGAAAAACAGCCCAGAAUGGCCACAUCCCUGGAACCUGAGGAACAAAAAGGACUUUUAAUAGUUAAGGCAGACCAUUAUGGUGGACAGGACUCCAUCUCACAGAAGUACAGUCCUCACACAAGGGAACUCUUCAGGCAGCACUUCAGGAAGCUCUGCUAUCAGGAUGCACCUGGACCCCGUGAAGCUCUUACCCAGCUCUGGGAGCUUUGCCACCAGUGGCUGAGGCCAGAAUGCCACACAAAGGAGCAGAUUUUAGACCUGCUGGUGCUUGAACAGUUCCUGAGCAUUCUCCCUAGGGACCUGCAAGCAUGGGUGCAGGCACACCAUCCAGAGACUGGAGAGGAGGCAGUGACUGUGCUGGAGGAUCUGGAGAGAGAGCUUGAUGAACCUCGAAAGCAGGUCCCAGCCAAUUCAGAAAGACAGGACACACUUUUGGACAAGUUGGCCCCCUUGAGAAGGCCACAUGAGUCACUGACUAUCCAGCUCCAUCCCAAGAAGACCCAGCAGGAGCAGGAAUCUGGGGAGCCCCAAAGGACUGGUGAUAAAACCAAGACUAAGAAUAAAGAGUUGUCCCAGAAGGAAGAUAUACCCAAAGACAUGGAAUUCCUUGGGAAAAUAAACAACAGACUUACCAAAGCUAUUCCUCAGUAUCCUGAAUCCAAAGAUGCUAUUGAAAGUGAAGGCAGUUUCGAGUGGCAACAGAGGGAAAGAAGACGCUAUAAAUGUGAUGACUGUGGAAAAAGUUUCAGUCAUAGCUCAGACCUUAGUAAACACAGGAGAACUCACACUGGAGAGAAGCCCUAUAAAUGUGGCGAAUGUGGAAAAGCCUUCAUUCAACACUCACAUCUCAUUGGACAUCACAGAGUACACACUGGAGUGAAACCCUAUAAAUGUAAAGAAUGUGGGAAAGAUUUCAGCGGGCGCACAGGUCUCAUUCAGCAUCAGAGAAUCCACACAGGUGAAAAACCCUAUGAAUGUGAUGAGUGUGGGAGGCCCUUCCGUGUAAGUUCAGCCCUUAUUAGACAUCAAAGAAUUCAUACAGCAAAUAAGCUCUACUAAUACGGUAGAAGUAACAAAAGUUCUUUAGACACUCAGGCCUAAUUAGUUAACAGAGAAAUCUGCCUUGGAGACCUUGAGUAUCCUGAUGUAGGCAAAGCUUCAAUCAUCAUUAAA